GCUGUGCUGCAGAUAGGAACAGCCUCGGUCAAACCCUCGCCGCCUGAAUAUAUGUGAUGGAGGAGUAUACACGUGCAUUGGAACCUAUCCUGACGGCAGUCGUUUAAGUAGAAACUUCACUCUUAUUUAUGGAUCCUCUCAGCCAUCGAUUGGAACACCUCGGCUGAUCCAAAGGAGCUCCAGAUGGGUUCAAAUUGGCUGGGACCCACUCGACUGUGAUGGUGGGUUCCCACUCAGUGCCUAUGUCGUGCAGUACCGAAGGUCAGCCUAUUACUACUCCUACACGACUCUUGGAGAAGUGACACGCCUGAAUUACACCAUCCGGGAGCUGUCUCCCUUGACAAGCUACAACUUUAGAAUUGGGAGAAAGAGCUCUAGUUCUCUGUCUAUCAGCUACUCAUCAUCACUGUCAGUCACCACACUUGAAGCAGGUCCUAGUGAACCAAGGUCGGUGGUCGUUAGAGUGGGCUUCAACUCAGAGGUGUGCGCCACAUGGGUACAACCUGCCCUCCCUGUUGGGACCAUCAUUCUCUACAAUCUGUAUGCAGAGGUCGUUGAGAACUCUGUUGAGGCGGUUGAUGUGGUGGACCUUCCAAGUAAUACUGCAGUCAAGUCAUUUCCUGGGAGCCAGAGGUCAGGGUGCAUGAGGCUGAGUGUGACAGGAGUCAUCUACCACUUCCAGAUGAGUGCAGUGGUUAUUAUCAACGGACGCAGAGUAGAGGGCGCCCUCUCUCCCUACUCCCCACAGACUACUCUCUUUGUACCUGAGCCAGGUCUACCUCAGCCGGUGAAUGUCCGUGCCUCCUCAACUAACACAAGUGUUACACUGCAGUGGGAACUGCCCGAAGACCUUCAGCUGGAUGAGAACACAUUCUACAACGUUUCUUACUCUGGUAUGGUGGAGUGGAUUUCCCCCAGUGGGGUGUUCACCAGUUUCCGGAGCAGGGAUGGAAGACAACAGAUAACACUACCGUCAUCUUCUCUCCCCUCACUCCCUCCACUGCGUACGUAUUCGGAGUUAGCGUAGUUACAGAGGAUGGCCAGAGUGGAACGGAGGUCACUAGUACUGUCACCACCAGCAGUGAAACUGGAGGAAAGCUGGCUUACUUUCAAGUGCGCAUCCAGACAGGCAAUGCCAACUGUGAGCAGUGGGUGGCUGAAGAUACAGAGGGCAAGCUGAGCCAGAUACAGAAGUCCCUACAGCAGAGUAUGUUGCUACUCUGCCAGUGUCAGCCCCAGCUGAGCCAGGGAGAGUUCAGUUGCCGAACAGGCCCACCCAACACCGUCACCUACAGAGCCAGGAUAACGGGGACUUCCUCACGGAGUGCAACUGAGGUGGUGGCCAUCAUGGGAGCCUGGGUCCAGACCAACAAAGGCUCAGUCCAGAUAGACAGACUGCGGUACUAUUUGGACCCCACCUGUGAUCCUACUCUUGAGAACAUCCAUGGCCCAGACUGCCCGGUGGCUGAAACACCAACAGAUGGAAAGCUGGCUUACUUUCAAGUGCGCAUCCAGACAAGCAAUGCCAACUGUGAGCAGUGGGUGGCUGAAGAUACAGAGGGCAAGCUGAGCCAGAUACAGAAGUCUCUACAGCAGAGUAUGUUGCUACUCUGCCAGUGUCAGCCCCAGCUGAGCCAGGGAGAGUUCAGUUGCCGAACAGGCCCACCCAACACCGUCACCUACAGAGCCAGGAUCACGGGGACUUCCUCACGGAGUGCAACUGAGAUGGUGGCCAUCAUGGGAGCCUGGGUCCAGACCAACAAAGGCUCAGUCCAGAUAGACAGACUGCGGUACUAUUUGGAUCCCACCUGUGAUCCUACUCUUGAGAACAUCCAUGGCCCAGACUGCCAGGUGGCUCAGACACCAACAGAUGGUACUACUGUGACAACUGGUGGUAGUACUGUGACAACUGACAAUACUACAACACAUGAGACAACAAACAAGCCUGUUACUAGCGACACCAGCAAGCCAUCUACUGAAGACUCUACCACCCAACCCAUAACCCCCCCAACGAAACCUGGCAUUGACCCUAAGGACCCGCAGAUCUGAGAGACAAACUGGUGACGAUAAUGGAGGUGCUGGGGCUACCACCGGUCAAGUUGCAGGGAUUCUUCUAGGUGGCGUGAUUGCCGGUUUGCUCGCUACACUGAUUAUCAUCAUUGUUUUUUUCUUGUGCUGGAAGUACAGGAAACAGUCAUACAAAAGUCAAAGUGAGUUUAAUGAGCUGGUGAAUGAGCCUGGACGCUCUCGCAACAGUGCUGUAAUGGCAGAAGAUGACAAGCUGUGAUUCUGGGGACCUUACUACUAUACCUGUACAUUUUUGAUAAUGAACUCUUUUGGACUGUACUCAAGAACAAUAUAUUACUGCUAUUUUCAAUCAUUACACUAUGAUGAUCUUGCCAACUGAA